AUGGCAGAUCCCGGUUGCAUGCCUGGUGGAAAGUCUCCACCGAUAUCGCCUGUUCAUCUCGACGGACGAACCCUCGAAGGCGGCGGACAGCUCAUGCGGAAUGCGCUGGCUCUUUCAGCUCUGACCGGUCGUGCCGUGACAGUCAGUCACAUUCGCGGCAAUCGGAAGGGAAAAACAGGACUGAAAGCCUCCCACACGGCCGCAGUCAAGUUCCUGGCAGAGAUCAGUGGCAGCAAAGUCGACGGUGAUCGAGUCGGCUCACAGUCUGUGACAUUCUCACCCCGAACUCGCGAAGUAACACCUUGCCAGAAAAAUGACAGACUUCUCAUGUCACUGAACGACGUCUCAAUACAACCCGAGUACAACAUCCGCUUAUCAACACCGGGCUCGGUCUUUCUCAUCUUCCAGGCCUUGUACCCGUAUCUACUGCAUGUGGGAUCUCGGGCAGGCUUAGAAUGCAUCAAAGUGACUAUCACCGGCGGUACCAAUGGUACCGAUUCGCCUUCGUAUGACUACGCCGCCCAAGUUAUGGCGCCGAACUUUGCCAGACUUGGUCUUCCUCCUCUUGCCAUAGUUCUACACAAGCGUGGCUGGUCAGCGGGGUUGGCAGGAAUGGGCUCGAUCAGUUUCUUCAUUCACCCUCUUGCAUUACCGGCAACUGAGGUGUACGAGGUGAAUGACACAGGGUUGUCUACGCAGGGUGCAAAGAUAGACACAGAGGCCGCUGAAAUCUGUUUCCCGCGGAUAAACAUCAUGGAUCAUGAGCGUGGGAAGAUCACUUGCAUCGAGAUAACCGUCCUCGCCCCGGAUGAACCCUUCGUGCGAGGAAAGACAUCUGGAGCAUCGACAGUGCGCAACUUUGUCGAGCGACAAACUCGCCGAGCCUUACGGAAGGCCUUGAAAACCUUGGAUCCAUCGACUUUCGACGCACAGUCAGACUCUCAAUCAGAUGAGAGCUCAGAGCAAGACACCCGCAUACCCAUUGCCGUGCAUACAUCCGAACCGACAUCCCACAUCAGUCGAUUAUACAUCUUGAUAGUGGCCCACACAUCCACCGGAUUCAGGAUUGGCCAGGACAUUCUAUUGGGGAGAGACAUUAAUCCCAAGACGGGAAAGAAGGGAAAGUGGGGUCAAAAGUCGCAUUCAAAGGGAGGACAACAGAAAUCAGAUGUGGACGUCGUCUCUGAUCUGAUCGAUGAGUGUGUACAAGGGUUUAUGGGAGAGCUCGUAGACCAGCUUGAACCAGACAGCCGCCAUGGAUCUGAUACUGUUUCUAAAAGGAGAUCCUGUCUAGAUCGGCAUAUGCGAGACCAAAUUGUGGUGUUCGAAGCCCUGGGUAACAUGUACCGGGGCGGGACUGAGACAGGGUCUCAGGUACAGGAGGAUGAGCGGUAUUGGACUCUUCACACGCAGACUGCGAAAUGGGUAUGCGCGGAGAUGCUCGGAAGUGAUGGCACGAGAGGGAAAGAGUAG